AUGACGGUUCCGCGGCCGCCACAGCCGGCGACCCGAGGCGGGAAGAUGCAGGCUUUAGCCGCGGCGUCGUCGACGCGCGCUCCCGCGCCGUCACGCGCGAGAGAUAUCGCGCGCCGGGUUCCCCGCGCGUCCGUCGAUCCUCGCCCGUCGGCGGUUUCGUGUUCGACCACACGUCGGUUCGGGGCGCGGCGUGCCGAAAACUUCGCGGCUCGCGCGGCGGUCUUCGACGGGGGCGACGGGGUGCCGUUCUUCGCCCUCUCCGACGCCGACAGGGCGUCGGAGCUCCGCGCUGACACCGAGGCGAUCCUCGCGGCUUCUCGGGAUCGAAGGGCCAUCCUGCUUCCCUUCGUCGCGGGACGCGCGCUGGUCGUGGCCGUGGACGAAGACGGCUCCCGCCCUGGGGUACGAUUCGCCCCAGCGGAGGUACGACUGAGGGACGUGCGGCGCUCGGCCGACGGCGAGGGCGAGGGCGACGAGGGCGACGAGGACCCGCUCGCUUUCGAGAGGCUGUCCUUCUUGGGGUUCAGGGAGGAGGACGGAGCGCCGGUGUUCGCGGCGGAGGUGAAGCGAUGCGAGUCCCUCGUCCGAGAAGCGGUGGCGAGGAACCCGGCGGUGAUCGGCCGGGUCGGGCGGGGGGCCGUGGACGAGGCGAUCGUCGCGAAGGAUGCCAAGUCGGUGGGUCCGGAGAUGUCUCGCAAGGACGCCGGGCUCCUCGCGGCGGCCGCAUCGCUCCUCAGGUGGCAGCGAAACACCAGGUUUUGCCAAAAGUGCGGAUCCCCCGUGAAGAUUGUCAAGUCCGGGCACAAGGCGCAGUGCGCCGACUCGGACUGCCGCGCGCCCUACUACCCGACCCUCAUGCCCGCGGUGCUCACCCUGUGCACCUGCGGAGACUACGCCCUGCUGGGCAGGAACAGCAAGUGGCCCCGGGGGUUUUACUCGUGCCUCGCCGGUUUCGUCGAUCAGAGCGAGAGCCUGGAGCAGGCGGUGGCGCGAGAGGUGCUGGAGGAGAGCGGGGUGGUGAUCGAUCCGAGCACGGUGCGGUACGUCACGUCCCAGCCGUGGCCGUUCCCGUGCCAGCUCAUGGUGGGGUUCAGGGCGGAGGUGGCGCCGAAGAGGGUCACCGUCUCGGACGCCGUGUGCGACACCCGUUCGAUGAAUACGCCGAGCGAGGAAUAUGCGCCAUCUUGCGAGGUGAGCUUCCCGCCAACCCCCACGCUCGACAUCGCCGAGCUCAGGGACGCGCGCUGGUUCCACAGGGAUUGGCUCAGGGCGCAGCUUGGUAAGCACGUGGACCCGAGGGAGGGGGGCGGGAGGGAGAUUCCCGUGGGCGAGAUUGCGCUUCCGGGGCGACACGCGCUGGCGAGGUACCUGGUCGAGCGGUGGUGCGACGAGCCCAACGUCGAGUCGCCCGAUUCCCCCGCCCCUCCGCCCAGCGUGGCCAUGACGGACGACCGCGAGAUGCCGCUCGUUCCCACCACCAACAGGUCCUUCGCCUUUCGCGUGGUGGAGAUGAACCUGCCGACCAAGUCCGGCGGUCGGCACACGGUGCUGCGAUUCUCGCCGACGGGGGGCGGAGGCGCGCCCACGGUGAACGACCACGCUCGGCUCGACGCGGCGUGCGAGGCGGAGGCUGGGCGGAUCGGGGCGUCGCUGAGGCUGUUGGGGGGCGGUCAGAUGUGCUUCCGCGGGGGCGAGAUCAGCGAGAGCGCCGAGAUUGACGACGAGGACGAGGCGAGUUUGCUCAUCGUGCUGCGAAACGGGGGCGGCGGCGACAACGGCGGCGCGGAGGUGCCGCGGGUGGACCCCGAGCUCGUCAGGGCGCUGGUGCGUCGGGCGUAUCCCAUGCACGACAUACUCAUACCCGGAGCGUUCGAGGGGGGAGGGGACGGAACGACGGAGCAGGGAUUGGCGCGUAGGUAUCAGUAUUGA